AUGGACAACAGACCUGCUUCCGAGUACGCGCAGUCAGGUUCGCACUUUCCAUAUCCACUGUCUGCCGCGACUCCUCAUUCUGAACUGCCCGCUGCAGACCAGGCUUCUGCUGCUGCCACUGCUCAAUACACUCCUCAACCGGAGGUUCGCCCGACUCCUCAGUACACACCUCAGCCCGAGGUCCGCCCCGCCGCCAACAUCUCUUCCUCCAACACACCGCAGUCGGACUACGGCCUGAACCAGCCCCCCGCCGCGCGCUCACCUGCCUAUCCUGAAUACCUCGCCCGCCCACCCCAAUAUCAUCACGCUCCCAACACUCAACCCGGUGGUGCGGCAGGUAUGGCUCAAGCAACAAGUCCGUCUAUGACCACCCUCAAUAAUGGGCAACACCAUGACCCACGCAAUCAUCACACGAACGUGAAGUCUGACGCGGACGUUCCUAUAGAUCCUUCAAUCGCGGCCUCCAGCCCCACCUAUCCUCCUCCUUACUCGCCUUACCAGCCCCAGGGUCAUGAGAUGGCUCAAUACCAGGGUCACCCCCCUCCUCCCCCGCCUCAGAUGUAUACGCGUCCGGAAUGGUCGCAUGGCUAUGGACAACAUCAACACGGUCUUCCUGGACCUUAUACCACUCCUGCCACAACGGUUGGUCCCGCCUCCCCUGCUGCGACCGCAGGGCCGCGCCCUGGCCAGGUAUACUCGUUCGUGCCCAUUCCUGGCGCGCAGCAACACAAGCGCCCCCGCCGUCGGUAUGAGGAGAUCGAGCGCAUGUACAAGUGCGGUUGGAACGGAUGUGAGAAGGCCUACGGUACGCUCAAUCACUUGAACGCCCACGUGACGAUGCAGUCGCAUGGUGCGAAGCGUACACCCGAGGAAUUCAAGGAGAUUCGCAAGGAGUGGAAAGCUCGGAAGAAGGAGGAAGAGGCUCAGCGCAAGGCCGCGGAAGAGCGCGAGCGUGCCGCCGCCGCCCAAGCUGCGCAAGCCAACCAAGUGGAUGCGCCUAAUCCUGCGGAUCCUGCUCAAGGUGGUCAACCACCCGCGUAUCCUGGUGGUGUUCGGCCUCAACUCCCCCCGAUUGGAUAUCAACCUGCCGAUGGCCAGGUACCCGGGCAGUACGGAGCGGGUGCCGGUGGCAUGGUUUACCAGGGUAACGGGCAGAUGGCCUACCCUCCCAAUUACCCUCAUUCCCCUUAUGGGCAAGCGGGCCAAGUGUACCAGCCACUUGACUUGACUGGGAAGAGCGAUUGCCAUCUUGUUCUCGUGUUGUUGCGCGGCGAAUCUUCUAAGGCCCCGAAGGUGAACCGCGAGCUGCAGGAGUUGCUGCUCAAGGUCGCGGAGGUCGGCACGUCGCCGCGGCUGCGCAUGCAGGAGGCCUCAUUGAUGGGCGACCAGUCAACGCGCAAACAGGUGGAGAUGGAGCUGAGGUGGCUGGUCGAUCCGCGGCGGUUGGCAGACCGCGUCGGCCGGUUGCUGCAGGGGAGGGAGAUCAUCAUGGCCGCGGCGUUGCUGCGCGAGGCCCAGAAGCAGGGCAGGGAGUGUAUCGUUGCGUGGAAUCAUCUUCUCGAGUAUUGCAUGAAGCAGGGCGCCACGAUGGCGGCCUAUAAGUUUUAUACGGAUAUGAAAAAACGUGGUCGCAAGCCUAGUUCCUAUACCUAUACCAUCAUGUUGAAUGGUUUCAGUAAUAAACACCUUAGCGAUAAGGAGAAGAAUGUGGACGCCGCGAUGCGUGUUUAUCGGUCUAUUGAGGAGAAUCCGGAAAUCGAGCGGGAUAUCAUCCACAGCAACGCUAUGCUGAAGGUCUGCUGGCUUCUAAGAGACAUGGAUACCUUGUGGCGGGUUGCGGGAGAUCUUCCUGAGGAUGGACCCGGUUCACCCGAUUCGUACACCUACACCAUUAUCCUGCGGGCUAUCAUGAGCAAUCUGGAGCUUGUCACGCGGAGUCUUCCCUCCAGAGCGAUUCGCGAACACACAGAGAAGAGGAAAGCGGCCCUCACUGAAGGCAAAAGGGUCUGGGCCGAUGUUGCCUAUCGUUGGAAGAAAGGUCAACUCGAGAUCGACAACCAUCUAGUUCAAGCGAUGGCUGAAUUGCUCUUGAACGCGUACAGUGACUACAACUGCUACGAAGUGCUUGCUUUGUAUAAUCAGACGGCGGGUCUCCCAAUUUUCAUGAAUCGGCCUUCGCCCGAUAAAGUCUACAGAGACAAGUGGGCUGACAGGUGGGACGAGAAGGUGGAGGUCACCAAGAAGGGUCGCCGGGACUUGCAUGCAGAGCCUGUCCCCUUUGUGAACAGCAAUAACGAAAUUAUUGAACCCGAGACUACCGGAGAAGCAGAAUCGUUGGAGGAGGAGCCGCAAGAAGAAGAGGAGAAUUUCGACCACUUGUUCGACCCUGUCACGGAUGCCCCUGGCUCUUCAAAGCCUAAGCUGAUCACAAUCACUAACCGGGAGAUCGACACCGUGCUGGAGGCCUGCUUGACCAUGAUCCAAGGGAUGCGCCCUGGCAAACAGUACUGGAAUUAUCUUACGCGCGAGGGCCACCCGACUCCCGUCCAGCCUGAUGCGGCCGCUAUUCACCAAUACCUGCGUCUUCUUCGCUAUAGCCGAUCCACCCGGGAAGCCGUCACGGUGAUCCGCGAUCAGAUGCUUCCCUUCGGACUUUGCGAUAACAAGACCUUCCACAUUGCGAUGAGUAUCUGCCGGCGCGACACCCGCAAUGCAAAUGUCCUGAGGCUUGCCGACGAAAUGCUCGAUAUCAUGGGGAGUGCGUUGGUUCUCGCGGAGCCGCGCGCCCUGGUGGGCUAUCUCGAACUCGUCAACGCACUGAAAGAAACCCCUCAGCUUCUUCUGUCUCUGCUCGGCUUUGAAGGUGCGUGGAAGGCCAAGGCCAGCAAUUUCCAGGACAAGGGAAGGAGCCUGAACGCUGGUAUCAGCUUGCACGCCAUCGAUCGGGUCUUCCCUCAUCUCAAGAAGCUGAAUGAAGCAACUCUGCCCUACUUACCGAAGCCGAAGGAUGAGGAUGCUUCAACGAUCCUGCGACCUGACAACCGCGACUUGACUUCCGGGCUGUACGGCUACAAGAUCGCGCAGGCGAUGAACGAAACGGGGCGAUUGGUCGACGAGGUGCUGACCAGGGACAGGAACAAGAAGUUCCUGAGCAAAGAGGACCGUGGAUCUUUGCAGGCGAAGCGUGAAAUGCUGAAGAAAUACUCUAAUGCGCGUAUUAACCUUCAUCUUAGAGAUGUCCGCGUGAGUGCGACUGCUAGCCAGGCAGAAGCUUUCGAGAAGCAGCAGGAAGAGCAGCGACAGCAGCAGGAACUCAAGCAGGAAGAGCAACAGCAGGAGCCCAAGCAGGAAGAGCAAGAGCAACGGGAGCAGAAGCAGGAAGGGAAUGAGGUCGCCGUUGCAAAGGAGGAAUACCUCGACACUGUAUAG